UAAAAAUUGCGAUUGUGAUUUCAAUGAAAUUAAAAUAAUGGCUGAGAGCCAAAUAAACGCUGCUACAGAAAUAUUAACCAGUGUGGAGAAUGAGAAGAAUCCGUAUGCGUAUCUCGAAAGAGACGAUUUCACUUCUGAGAAGUACAAAAUAGAAGUCCGCGGCUUACCGAAAUAUUAUGGAAUUGGUGAAUUCAAGAAGCUCUUGAACGAAAAGCUGGAUUUGCAAUCGUGCAAAGUGAAGCCGCCCGGGAAAAAUCGUAGCAAUUGGUUGUAUGUAUGCUUCAGAAGCGAGGAGUGCCGACAGCGAGCUAUAUCUACUAUAAAUGGGAUUUUGUGGAAAAACAGUAAGCUCACUGCUCAGGUGGCUAAACCAGCUCCAGAUCCUUUUGUGAAAAGAAAAUUAGAACAAGAUACUGCAAGCAACAAACGUUUAAAGACUGACACUGAAGAUCCAAACUGCUCCCCUAUGGAUAAAAUUAAAUCCAUUACUACUCCUUUGUGGAACAUGCCAUAUCCGGAUCAAUUGGAACUCAAACAAAAGGAGAUGCGAUCUAUCCUGAUAAAAAUGGGUCAGCAAAUGCUUGCAGAAAGUAAAGACUCGCUGACAGAGUGGAUAAAUUCACAGAAAAAGUUAUAUGAUGGAUUACCAUGCAAACUGCAGAAUAUACUUUCGGUGAAUGUUACUGAAGCAUAUAGAAAUAAAUGCGAGUUUACAGUUGGUAAAGACAACGAACAGAGCAAAAUUAUAAUUGGAUUUAGACUGUCGACUUAUGCUUCAGGUUCCACAGCAGUCGGACCUAUCGAUGAUCUAUGCCACAUUCCACAAAAGAUGAAAACUGCUGUGAAAAUACUAGAAACAUUUAUACACGAAUCGAACUUAGAACCUUUUAAUCCAGUAGACCACAGUGGAUACUGGAGACAAGUUACUGCUCGAAUUACUCGUACUAAUAAUCUGAUGUUAAUAAUAGCAAUACACCCUCAGAAUUUAAGUAUCGAAGAACUUGAGAAAUUAAAAUCUGAAUUGAGAACAUUUUUUGAAACUGGGAAAGGUGCCGAGGCUCACGUUACCUCGUUGUAUUUUCAAAUAAUAACUAAGAAAAGUAUAGGCAGUGAAAAUAGUGAUACCUUAUAUAACAUUAGUGGAACAGAAUAUAUAGAAGAAACGUUACUCGGAAUGAAGUUCCGAGUUUCGCCUCAAGCAUUUUUUCAAGUCAAUACGUUAGGAGCGGAAAUCCUGUACAAAGCGGCCAUUGAUCUUGCCGAACCUACGAUGGAUACGGCAUUACUUGAUGUGUGUUGCGGUACUGGAACCAUAGGCCUCUGCUUUUCGAAGUAUUGUGGUGAAGUACUAGGAGUGGAAAUUAUUCCUGACGCUAUAAAAGAUGCGAAGGAAAACGCUAUUAAAAAUAAUAUUAAAAAUUGUGAAUUUUUUGUUGGAAAAGCAGAGGACAUUUUGUUGCCUAUAAUUCAGAGGACAACAAAACCUAAUAUUACUGCCAUUGUAGAUCCCCCACGAGCUGGGUUACAUCAAAAGGCUUUAUUGACACUGCGUAAGGCAAAAAAGUUGGACAGAUUGGUGUAUAUAUCGUGUGAUCCUCGUGCUGCCAUGAGAAAUUUAAUUGACUUAGCACGACCUAGUUCCAAGCAAUAUCUCGGUGAACCCUUGGUACCAGUAAAGGCCAUUGCGGUUGACAUGUUUCCUCACACUAAACAUUGCGAAUUAAUAUUAUGUCUUGAACGAUUAUCGAAAGUAAUGAAACUAAACGAAUGUACUAUCCAAAAGAAUCCAAAAUAAAGCAUUCUUAAAAGAACACACACACACACACACACACACACACACACACACACACACACACACACACACACACACACACACAUGCAUAUAUAUAGUACCGGUCAGAAUUAUAUACCAGGUCUGUAACUUUAAAAUGCGGGUUUUUUCAAUAAAAAUACGCAAUAAUUUAGAAAAAAUA